UCUAAAAUUGGACGUAAAAAUUUAUACUUGAUUUUGAAUAUGUCCUCUUGGUUGGUGACAAAAUGUCCGCUCUCUAAACACCAAGCUCGAAUGGUAACGAAACUUCGAAUAUACUCUACUUUUAUAUUAAACGGAAAUUGCAUCAUAUUUUCACUCUUCUUUCUUAGUUAUGGCAAGUAUUUGGGCGUGACUACUGGAUCUAAUGCCAUGCUUGUUGCAAUUGCGGAUGCCAUUGGACCGCGGGAACAGUUCGAGCCGGUGUUUCAGGACGGAAGCACAGCUCUGCUGGGUGUAAAUAAUUGCUUUCUUUCCGCGGAUCCACACUCAGGCGAUGUGUUGUUCACCAGUCAGCAAGCCAAGUCCGAAGAAAUGGUAACUGUAAGUAUUGAUGUUCACAACUUAUAUAUUUGA